AUGGAAAUAGAUUAUUUGAAUACAAUAAAGGUAAUUAGUAUGAUUUUGAUGUUUUUGAUGAUUAUAGUAAUGGGAAAUAUCCCCUUAAGAUCAACAGCUUUCAAAGGAAAUCAAUUUUUAUUAGAUUUGACAGGGGCAUUUUCAGGAGGUUUAUUUUUAUCAGUAGGAAUUAUACAUUUACUCCCAGAGUCCAUGAAAUAGUUUCACAUGUAUUAUAGGGAUUAGAAAAUAGAAUCAUUUGAAGAAUUUCCAUAUGCUUGUUUGAUAACAGUCUUAAGUUUUACUUUGAUUUUGUACAUUGAAAAGAUAGCCUUCAUUCAUAAUCAUACUAAUUAAGAUAAUCAUUCCUAUUAGGUUUCAGUAAUAUAACAAUAAGAAUGUAUUGGUGAAUUGGAAUGUCCUGAAACAACAAAACCAUAAAUCUAAUAAGUUUCUAUUAAAGAAUUAGAUGAAAUUACAAUAAAUUCCUUGACUCCUUAUAUAUUAUAGUUUGCUAUUGGUAAAUUUAUUAUUUAAUGAGGAAUUCAUGCAUUUUUUGAAGGAUUAGCUAUUGGAAUAGAAUAAUAAGUACCUCAAUGUUUAGGAAUUUCAUUAGCAGUAGUUUGUCAUAAAUGGGCUGAAGGUUUGACUUUGGGUUUAUCUUUUAAAAAAGCUAGUAUUCUUUAUUCUUACUUUGUAUAGACACAAAAAUACAUAGUGCUACAAUUAUGAUCUUCAUCUAGGGAAUUAUUAACCCUAUAGGAAUACUAAUAGGAUGGAUAUUAGCUAAUCAAGGAUAUAUCAUAACUGGGAUAUUUUAGUCUAUUUCUGCAGGAACAUUUAUUUAUAUAGCCACAAUGGAAGUGAUUUAAGAAUAGUUUAACUAGAAAUCAAAUUCUUAUUAUAAGAUGAUGAUGUUUCUAUUUGCAAUAGGAUUCAUUAGUACAAUUUGGAAGAUAGAGAAAUUAAGUUUUUGA